UCCAUCUCUAGCUAGCUCAAUUACCUCGCUGUUACCUGAUCAACACUUGUUCUCUUCAAGCACAGCUAGGUUACUUACUAGCAGCUAGCUACUAGUAGUAUAUAUGAGCUUGGUUGCGGCGCCAAUGGCGGCGGUCGUUGACUUGGCCACCAGCGCCCAGCUGCAGCAAGCCACCAUGGAAGUGGAAGAAGAAGCCAAGGCCGAGCAGCAGCAGGAAUCGUACAGUAGUAUCCUGCUGAUGAAAGGCGUGCGGCACCUCUCCGACAGCGGCAUUACCAGGCUGCCCGACAGGUACGUCCUGCCCGCACCCGACCGCCCCGAUGCUGGUGCUGGCCAUGAUGGCCUGGCCACCACCACCACCAGCGUCGUCAAGGUCAAGCUCCCCGUCGUCGACCUCGCCCGCCUCCGCGACCCCUCCCAGCGCGCCGCCGUGCUCCAGACGCUCGACGCCGCCUGCCGAGGCUACGGAUUCUUCCAGGUGGUGAACCACGGGGUGGACGGCGACGUGAUCGCCGGGAUGCUGGACGUGGCGCGGCGCUUCUUCGAGCUGCCGCUGCCGGAGCGGGCGCGCUACAUGUCGCCGGACGUGCGCGCCGCCGUGCGCUACGGCACCAGCUUCAACCAGGCCAAGGACGCCGUGCUCUGCUGGCGCGACUUCCUCAAGCUCGCGUGCCACCCGCUGCGCGACGUCGUGGCGUCGUGGCCCCGGGAGCCCACGGACCUGAGGGACGUGGCGUCCAGGUACGCGGCGGCGAGCCACGGCCUGUUCAUGGAGCUCAUGGAGGCGGCGCUGCAGGCCCUGCUGGGCAUGGCUGCUGCUGCCGGCGUGCUGGGGGAGCUGGCGGCGGCGUCGUCGCACAUGAUGACGGUCAACUGCUACCCGGCGUGCCCGCAGCCGGAGCUCACGCUGGGGAUGCCGGCGCACUCGGACUACGGCCUCUUCACCUUGGUCCUGCAGGACCACGUGGAGGGCCUCCAGGUCAUGCACGCCGGACGCUGGCUCACCGUCGACCCAAUCCCGGGCGCCUUCGUCGUCAACGUCGGCGACCACCUAGAGAUCUUGAGCAACGGCGCGUACAAGAGCGUCCUUCACCGUGUGCGGGUGAACUCGACGCGGCCGCGCAUGUCGGUGGCGUCGUUCCACAGCCUGCCGGCGGAGAGGGUGGUGGGGCCGGCGCCGGAGCUGGUGGACGAGGCGGCCGGCAAGCCGCGGCGGUACAUGGACACGGACUUCGCCACCUUCCUGGCCUACCUGGCUUCCGCCGACGGCAAGGACAAGACCUUCCUCCAGUCAAGGAUGCUCCUCCAUGACCAUGACCAUGACCAUGACCAUUGCGCUGCUGCUUCAAUUCUUCGUCCUUCUAACUAGCUGCUACCAUACCAUGCAUGCCCGGCCCAUAUAUAGUUAAUUAAUAGCAGCUAGCUCAAAUAAAAUUAGUAGCUAGCUAAUAUAUACUUGGUUCAUCAUCGAUCGAUCGGCAAGCAUUGACCGCUCUUCAAUCCCAGCGGUCGAUCGGUUACGUUGCAUGCAUGUGUAUUAUUGAGAGGGAAUAUAAUGGAUUAUUAUAUUGGAUGAAGCUA